GUCAGAUUAAAUGUUUAGGCGAACUCAUACAUACAUAUAAAUCAAUCCGCUUUGGUAUGGUUUUGGUAGAGUGUUAGACCAUUUUUUUAAAUUUAUCAUUCAUAAUGAAUGUGGACGAAGAAUCUGACUAUGAAGAGGAGGAGUUUUUAAUUUACGCUGACUUCAAGAAUCAACUUGGCCCACUUGAACUAAACGAAAACAUAGCAGUAAAAAUAAUUGGACUUGAAGCUGACCCAGUUGCUGAAGUGAAUGGAAACAUAUUCAAAGGAACUUAUGACUAUCCAAUGGGGACGUGUGUUUUCUUUGAAAAGGAUCUAGACGCAGCUCCCUCAGAUCCCUUAUUUGAACAAAGCUGCCGUCAAAAAUAUAAAUUUUUCGCAAAAACCAAUAAAGUUAUAAAUUUUGAACGAAUAUUUGUGGAAAAAAAAGAAUUUGAAGCAACCCAGGAUAGGCCAAAUAUUGGAAAUAAUGAGUCGUCUCCCGAAAAAGGUGACGAGAGCACAGAUCAAAGCCAAACUAAAACACAAUCCGAGGAGGUUAAUCUUCAAAUAAAUAUGUCAUACGAAGAAGCUAUAAAGCAAUUCCAAUCAUUCGAUAAUAACGCUUGAUCCUUGAAGUUUAGCAUUUAAAUAAAUAAAAGUUUGAAUUAAUU